AUGGAAAUUGGCAGCCUGUCCCAUCAGAAUCAGAAGUACUGCAUGAUGGACAGGUACUCCAGUUUCUUGAUAUUUCAAGACACUGAUGCUGCAACAUACAGAUGCUAUGUUGUUGGACAAUCAAAAGUUAUCUAUCAUGAUACACAAAUAGUUGUUGAAGAGUGUGAGAAACUUUCAAGAGGUCCAUAUAUGAUUGACCCAUUUCCAGAAAACCAGGCUAUUUAUGAUUAUGGUGGAAAUGUCACUUUUCAGUGUACAGGUUAUUUUGGUUGCACAGAAAAAGAAGGUGUUUAUAUAGUAUUGUGGGUAGUUGAAGGAUCAAGCAAACCAAUUACAAACAUCAGUUCUAGAUAUUCUAUCUCAAAAAUGAAAUGUGACAGGUACGUAUAAUUAUAAUGAUAAUUAUUGUAAAUGCCUCAUUGAUGAUAUUGAUCCUGUCAAUUGAUGUUAUGCCGCCUGUCAACCAAGCUGGCAGGGGUCUUACAGAUAAGCCAAUCAACGAUCGUUAUCAGUUUCACGCUAAGAUGACUGCGUAGUCCACCAUUUUCCUUAGGCAAAAUGUUAAUAGGACAAUGGUGAAGAAGCAAUAUUAUUGAAAUUAUGUUAAUUUUCUGUCAAUUUAAAGCUAUUAAAUCCAGAGCUCCAAAUAGCAUGCGUAUCAGCGUGAAAUACAUAUGGAAAAUUCAAAAUACGCAUCACUUUCAGAAUUCAUGCAUCACAGUUUAAAAAUACACAUCUAUAUCAAAACACAUGCAAGAACAAUAGUUGUGUUUAUUAUUUAAUGCUUUUCAAUGGAUUAUUGAAAUAUAUCAGUAGAUUAAAUCCUGAUAAUCACACUGUUUCAAACAGUGAAAUUAUCAUUUUGAUAAUUUCACUGCUACGGAACUACUUUUUUCCCCUUCAAUGAACCCCAUAUACAUGUACAAAAGUACAACUUGAGUUGUCUCCCUUCUAUUUACUCUCUUUAUUUACAAACAACAAAUUACAUGUACUUCCUCUUUAUUCAUUUACUUCCUGUCGUCUGCAAAAAUGGAAGAACUUGCAAAUUUGGAUGCUUCUGCCCUAGAUGAUAUUUUUAAUAACUUCUAUGAUAAAGAAGAGUAUGGAGAUUUUCAGGUUGCAAACAGAAAUUUUAGGGAAAUUGAUCCUGAUGACUUCCUGUUAGAAAAUGAAAAUAA